UGCUAUUUUUCUCGUGAUCAGGCGUGAACUCGUGAUUUUCAUGUAAGUCACCGUGGCACCGGAAACGGAAAUUCUAGUGGCAGUUCUAGAAAGUGUCACGUGUUUUCAUUAACUCAUUUUCUUUAGCAAGUUUUUUGAAUGAUUAAAUUAUGGGUCAUCUUAGUUAAAGAUAUUGUAUGACAAACAACUCAUCCAGCGACACCUGAAUACAGAUGGUUGGUACGGCGGCUUCAGAAAAAUCAAAAUCCUCUGUGCAACUAACUAAAUGGCCCCUUGAAACAGUUAUUAAUCAUGGCAAAACUGUGAUCUAAACCUAGCAUGUAUCCACUUUUCAGCCAACGAAAAUGGGGGGAUCCUGUGAGAGUCAAGGCCUCCUUUAGCUCACACUCAAAAAGGGUGGAUGGACACGUAGUUCCAGAGUACAGACGGUUCAGUCUAGACCCACAGUUAACAAAUUUUGAAACACUUUACAGCUUGAUUUCAAGAGCAUUUGACAUAAAAUCUGAUUUUCUAAUGCAAUAUCGCUUUGAAGAUCCUAGUGGCCAAGAAAUUUUUCUUCAACUGCUUUCAGACUGGGACUUAGAAGCAGCAUUUGAAAGAGCUGCUGAUCCAUGUUUGUGUCUGAGAAUUGAUCCAAUCCCUUUGGAACAUGUUGAGGAAUGGGACCUUGUUAAUACUCCAUCAUCAGAUUGUAAAGUCAUUCAUCCGAAAGAAGGUCGCAAUGACUCUUCAAUACAAACGAAGAUCAUGACGAAGGUGGGGAAAACCAUUAAUCUUAUGCAGCAAGCUUUGAACUUGAAUGGUAGCUGUGGAGAAUUUGCUCUGGGUACAUCGACGUCUCCCUUGACUGACACUGAAUUUACCGAUUUUCGUGAUGGAGUAGGAACGCUGAUCAAAAUUGAUGAAUGCAAACAGCGAAUUUUUCAGGGUGGCCUCGAACCAAGUCUCAGACGCGUAGUGUGGAAACAUCUGCUAAAUGUCUACCCUGAUGGGUUAAAUGGAAGUGAAAGGAUGAAGUACAUGGGCAGAAAGUCUGACGAGUAUCAACGGUUGAAGAGUGAAUGGAUGAUUUACUACAGGAGUAAGAAGAUGUCAGAGGAAUUGCAGCACGUUACUUCAAUGGUUAGAAAAGAUGUCCUGAGAACAGAUCGGCAACAUCCGUUUUAUAGUGGAGGAGACGACAAUGCAAAUGUUGAAAAACUAUUUAACAUCCUGACAACCUAUGCCAUCAUGCAUCCAACAACUGGCUAUUGUCAAGGAAUGAGUGACAUGGCUAGCCCCAUUCUCUUUGUCAUGGACAAUGAAGCGCAUUCCUAUAUCGCAUUUACCGCCUUGAUGGAACGACUGAAAGAGAAUUUUUCCAUUACUGGGACCACUAUGACUUUAAAAUUCGACCACCUGUGCUGUGCGAUCGCCUAUCAUGACCCGGUUUUUUUCGCUUAUCUCCAGCGACAUAAUGCCAUUGAUUUGCUGUUUUGCUACCGGUGGUUAUUGCUCGAAAUGAAACGUGAAUUUGCGUUUGAUGAAGCUCUGCGUAUGUUGGAAGUAACCUGGAGCUCUUUACCCAAGUCAUCUCGUCAAACCGAACUUGCUCUCUUUGAGCGAAUACCUGAUCUAGCUCCAACGGCAUCAGUGCCUAUCCCUCUUCCUGCGCGAAUCAAAGAAUCUCCUUACACAAAAGUCUGCAGCCUUCGUCGUCAAAGCUCUUCUCCGGCAUCUUCCUUUUCAUUUAACUCCAGUGAAGGCCCAGUUGGCCUACAUUCCGCACUGAAAAAUAGCCGUGAUAGUCAAUCUAUAUGUUCACCGAGCUGGGAUAGAGGAAAUAUUGAGUUAGACGAUGUCUUUAUUCCUGCCAACGAUAAAGACAAUUCUACUCAGUUAGAAUCUCUUGUCGUUCCUCAUGAUUUGAAACCCAAAGACUAUACAGAAUCUCAUCGUGAUCUUGCUCAGUCUAACGGUCGUGGACAGUUUGUCGUUAACGAAGCAACCAAUGGACAGCAGUGUCCAUUGAUGGCUUCUGGUGAUAGUGUAUCGAGCGCCCUCUCGUCAUUGAUGAAGGUGAAAGAGCCUGAAGAAAAACGCGUUGAUAUAUCGAACGAGGGAUUGUCUUGCCCCCUUGAAGAUAGUGUCCUUCAGGAUUUUGAAGUCGUCGGUUCUUGUGAAGAAGCCAUUGAGGCGGCUGCAGCUACUACCAUGAUCACACCUAGCAAUACGAUUCAUCCCAAUUACGUGAGAACAGGUGUCAGGCCAAGUCUGCCUUCUCCAGACGUGCUGGGGUGUGGCAAUCCUUUUCUUAUUUUUCUCUGUCUCACUGUCUUGCUUCAACAUCGCGAUUCUAUAAUUAAUCGUGGACUGGACAGUAAUGAGAUGGCAAUGCAUUUUGAUCGUCUCGUUCGUAAACAUGAUGUAGAGCGUGUGCUAAGUCAAGCACGCACUCUUUACUAUAGAUACCUUGCCCACUUCAACUCGCAGAAUAGCUGACCAGUCUAUGUAACUAAGUAAAAUUUCAUCGUCGCUAAAAUUUGUCUCAUCCAGUUUAAAAAAUCAGUGACUCGAUCAUUUUUGAUCGGAAGUAGCAUUCCGUGUCCUUUAUUGCCAUUUACGUUCUUCCAUUUAAAUUUUUUAAAAAGCCA